GGCACUAGGGGUGAUAGUCAGGUCGGUUAGCGGUUAAUCGUUAACUGAAAAUGCGGUUAGCGGUUACCCGCCAAACAAAAAAUCAUUACCGUUAGCCGACCCGCCAAGACUUAUCAGUUAACCAUUAACUGUCGAUGCGGUUAGCGAUUAUUUUAGCGGUUAACCGCCUACUCGCCUGAAAGAGAGAGUAGUGGUAUCUGAUGACGCUUCGUUCCUCCUCCUCCUCCUCCCCCUGUCUCGUCGAUUCGACUCCCCGCUGCACCUCCGUGGUUCCCCUGCCCGAGCUUUCGUCUCCAUGACUUCCGAACUCUCUUGUGCCGCUUUCUUUGCCGUCAUCGUCGAUUGGAGCCCACCUUGCUAUCACCAGACAUCCAUCUCCAUCUGAAGUUGAGCUGCUCACCCACAGACGGACCCCACCUCGUGCAAAUGGUUAGGAUCGCGGUCGAAGGUAGCCUCCAAAUUAAAGGAGGAAGCUGAAGCCGCUUCCGCUAUUCUCCACCUCUAUCGGCGAUCUGGAUAUAGCGAAUCCCCUGCUGUCCAUCAGUCCCAGAUUUUGAAUGAUCCAAUUCCACAAGGAGGCAGAGAUCGGUAGGAGUCAGAGAGUGAGGAGGCGUAGGAGACUGAGACCGCCGGAGUGAUGAAGGCUUUGGCGGAAACUAAUCCUCUUCCUUGUCGGUGUUCCCAAUCGCGAAGAAGGGUUUGUGAUGUAAAAGUGAGGCGAGAUUUAGGUCAACUUUGCCUAAAAUGUUAAAGAGAGGGUCGGGUCGGUGGUUUAAUCGAGUUGGUUUAGGUUAUCUAGUAGAUAUGAUGUGGCGGAUCGGAUUAUAUGAUGUGGCAGAUUAAAUUGGAUGAUUAGACAUGUAUGUUAGCCACGUCAGCAAAAAACUGACGUCGUUAACAGAGACUAACGGAAGUUAACGGAGAGUGACCAAACUUGGAUUGUUUUACUAAUUUUAGUGACUACGAACGAAAUUAAAUAUUUCUAGUGACUACAUAUGAACCUUUUUAGUAAUCUCAGUGACCAACCUUGCAAUUUACCCUGAAAGAUAUCUUAGGACCAAGAACAAGACCAAUAGUGCAUUUCGUCCAAAUGUAAAUUUGGUCCAUUUUUCAAUAUUUAUAAAAUUCAUAGGGCCAAGAACCGGACCAUAUUAUAUUUGAUUUGGUGUGGUCGGAUCCAAACAUCGAUUCGGUCUGGUGUGAACCCAACACAUUGCCCACCCCUACGUGCCACUCACUGAUUGGCUCCUUUCAAGUCAGUGUACUUGUCCUUUCCCUAGUAGUACUAGUAGUCUAGUACGCUGACCCUCCAGUCCACCUGUAUUCAAACUUGCCACGUGGAUAUCCGACUAGGCAUUCAGGCCCCACCAAACCAAACCAGUAGUUAAAAACCUUAUUCCCCCUCCAUCAUUUUCUCGCUCGCUCGCCAAACAGCCCCUUCCUUCCGCGCUUCUCUCCUCUUCAUUCAAUUCACAUUCCCCCUUCUUCUUCUUCUUUAUUCCCUCCUCUCUCUCUCUCUCUCUCUCUCUUCAUUCAGUUUCUUUUCCAGAGCGAGUCAGAAACCUAGUCAUGGAUUCGAGACCGUCCAAAUCGAAGCCCCGGGUCGACUUCCUCAACACCAGGAACAUGAAGCGCUCCUCCUCUUCCAACUCGGACUCGCACCACGCCCAGCUCGACUCGCCCCACUCGCCGCUCCGAUUCCACUCCCCGCUCCGCUCCGACCAGGGCGACCCGGCCGAGUCACCUCCCUACUCUUCCCCGAUCAAUUCGCCGGAGAAGCCGACCCCUCCCUCCGCCGCCGACAACUCCAAGGCCGUCGUCGCCUUCGACAAAUUCACUCACUACACUCCGCCGCCGCCGCCUUCCUUCAACAAUGCUGCGUCGGCGGGGAAGCAGCAGCCGGCUCCGCCGCCUCCGUUCCCUCCCAUGGGAGCGACUCUGAACCGCGCGGUGAGAGAAGAGGCCGCGCCGUCGGUGAGGAAGGUAGGGCCGGAGGGCGGGAGAUCGGGAGGAGACGCCGUCGGGUCCGUACUGCGCCGUUCGGGUAAGGAAGAGAAGGUUCGGCUCGCGGAGCUUUGUUUUCGGAUUGCGGAGCUGGCUCUCUGCUUGAUUUCGUUCUCGGUGAUGGCGGCGGAUAAGACUCAGGGUUGGAGUGGGGAUUCGUUCGACCGCUACAAAGAGUAUAGGUACUGUCUGUCUGUGAAUGUGAUUGGUUUCGCUUACUCUGCAUUUCAAGCGUAUGAUCUCGGCUACCACAUGGGUACUGGGAAGCAUGUCCUUCGCCAUCAUCUUCGUUGGCACUUCAAUUUCUUCAUUGAUCAGGCAUUGGCUUACCUUCUGAUCUCUGCAUCGUCGUCAGCAGCCACACGAGUGGAUGACUGGCAGUCGAACUGGGGCAAAGAUGAAUUCACAGAGAUGGCAACCGCUUCGAUCGCAAUGUCGUUCCUCGCUUUCGGAGCAUUUGCUGCCAGCUCCGUCGUCUCCGGUUACAACUUCUGCCACCGGGAAUCCAUCUGACAACACACACACACACCCCAGCGAAUCUCACACGGCAAGAAACAAAAUAAAUGGUGGAGGCCAACAGAUUGAGGAGAAUGUCGAACUGCAAUACAGUCAUUUGUAAGUUGUACAGAGAUACAUAUAGAUUGUUCACUUGGGCCUAGCAAUGGGCCCGCUGGCCUGUAUUGUUGGAGAAACGAAAACCUGAAAACUAUUUGUGCCUAGCAAUGGACCCACUGGCCUGUGUUAUGGACUUAUGGUCCAGGGCCGUGUAUUCUGAUAGGGGUGAGUAGUACAGCAAUGAGUUGGGCUGGGCUGGGCCCAGAUGAGGAGUCCUUUUGCGAAGCCUUUUGUGUUUAUGGUUCAAGAUGUGUAUGUAAAGAAAAUACUGAGGAUCAAAUCAGUAGUUUGCCGAAAUUUGGGGUAUGUAAUUGUAAUAAACCCAUAGAGAAGGGAGGGAAAGUCACGUGGGUGUCUUCCAUCACCCAUGUUCAUGCAAAAGCCUGACUCCUAAAGGGCUGAAGCUACGUGACAAAUAUUCUUUAUUUUAUUUAUAAAAAAAAAAAAAGGAAAAAGCAACUAUCAUCAAUCAAGCACUCCCUAUAGACAAAGAAAUAUGUCACAGGCAGCAGCGCUUUCGUUGUCGCGGUGUACAAAUUUCCCAUUUGCUGCUUCUUCUUCAUCAUCAUUAAUUAAAUUAAUUAGGUGUUUCUUAAUUUAUUGAUUAGGAUUUACGGAAUCCGAUUAACGUGACUUGAGUACGGACUAAUGAUGCCAUUACGUACGAUCAAGUUUGGCACUUAAUUUAUUCGUGAAAGUCUCUUUCAACUACUUAUUCCUCUGUUUUUUAUUCUCCUUCCCCUUUUUCUAAAUUCAAAUAAAAUAAAAACAAUGAAUAAUUGCAGUAGCUAGCUAGGGACAUUAUUCAGUUCUGUACGCCCGUCAAGACAUGUGUGUAUGUCUCUCUGUACCAAAUAUUUCCAUAUGUGAAGAAAAUUCUCCAGGACUCAUAAUUAUUUAUAUUAUUAUUAUUUGGAGAUUAUAAAAUCUUCUAGGGAGUCAAAAAUGCAACGCGGUCGACCAAUUAAGGUACUAUCGAACCACUAUCAAGAUGAUUCUACAGUAGCGGAAGUUAUAGUUUGAUUUCUAAUUAAGAAUUUGGAAAAUCAAUUAUGCGUACUUCAAACAACAACAAAAUUCUGUAAUCAAAGCAAGAGAGAUAUCAGAUAUGCUAUAUAUAUAUAUAUAUAUAUAUCACAUCACCCAAAUUGGCUACUUCAAUUAAGAUUUAAGAGAAACUUGAUUUCUGGGGGGUUAUCUACUUAUCUUAUUUUUAAUCUAGAUGAUGGUUAGUUUUGUAACUAGGGUAGUUUGAAACACAAAUAUUAUACAUGCAGAUUCCGUACUUUGUGAUGUCACACGAUGAAUGACGUUGGUUACUCCCACGAGAUAAUUCUUACGAAAUUAAUUAAGUUAUUAAUGACGUCAAUCACUAAUACGACACGUUAAUUUUGUCUUCUUCCGUCCAAAUAUUAUGAGUUUGACGGCGGAUUAUCAUGCGGCAGUUGAGAGAUUUUUUUUCUUCUAUUUAUCUUACCACUACCAUGAACUUACCACUAAGAAGUCUUAUCAUAGUGGUACAACUAUGGUAUGACAGUAGUAAGACUGUAAGAUAAAGUCUUAGUUACUAUCAUUGUGAGAGAUCAAGGUGCGACAACGGUAAUGUAAUAUAAAUUCUUAGCACGGAAAAUCAGAAUUGUAUACAAUUGAAGAUCGAGCAUAUACUCAAUGUCGGAACGAGCGAUGAUGAUGAAAUCAAUAUACGACCCAUCAAGCAACGAAAACCAGGAGGAGUCGAGCUGUCGACGAGAUUAAUGGUUCAUGAUCAGAAGAAAAGCGCAGCCAUUUGGUACAACAAAGAGGUAGGAGGAGCUGUGUUUAGGUUUGAAUCAUGCAAAGAGGAGCUGCAGCUGGGACACGAAAGCGAGAGGAGAGGAAGGAAACAAAAGAAACACAUCGAUCGAUCGAUCAUUGCUAGCUUAGCUGGGUCGAAUACGUAGGUGAAACCUCAAAUCGAUCGAUCGCGUAUGGCCAAUUCAAUUCGGGUACCCUAAUAUUGCCAAACCAUCCAUGUAACUAACUGAGCCAUAUGCCUGCCUCUAGUACUUAAUUAUGACAAUGGAAGGGGAGGGUACCCUACGGGUACGUACGUAAAGGGCCUUGCCUUGCCUGCUAAGGGACACAGCCCCAAAUGUCCCCUUCGUCCUCCAUUUGCCAGCCCGCAUACAUCACACCCGCCCACCGCUGGCAUUCGCCUGCCCGACCCGCCCCCUCUGUCUAGGGUGGGAAGUUCGGUAUCGGUAAUCCAUGAUAUAUAUAUAUAUAUUAGCAAAUACAGUAUAGAAUUUGUCGACACUUGGUAGUUGUGUUAUUUCAUGGGAUUGAGAUUGAAAUUCAAUUUUUUUAAGUGUUAUUUGGUAUUAUGAAGUACGAGGCUGAAAUCGGUAAUUUGAUAUAUAUAUAUACACCGAAUUACCGAUUAUACCGAAAUAUAAGGUAGUGUGUAGUACUUUAUCGUUUCGUUCCCAACCAGGCUCCCACACUCAUUGUCUACCAAACCCUCGACCGCCAAAAAAUGACGACCACUUAAUUAUACAUAGAUCAUUCCUACACCUACUUGACAACUCAUAGGCAAGCUCGUUUUUCGUUACUUACAGUAUGUUAUAGUGUGUCGCUUAGCCAUUUCAUGUUCAGUUUGUUGUUUUGUUCGUGAAUGCGCUUCUUAUGCACACCACAUUUCUCCGGUUUAUUGUUUUUCAUUUGAAACAACUAUACCGAGAUACUCGUACCGGUGUGGAGCGCGUGUAUUCAUGUCACUAUUCCCGCGCGUGCCGUAGAGUUUCUGUUCAGAUGCAUAAAAUAAUAAUAAUUGGAGGGUUGGGUGGUGGUGGGAAAAAAGAAAAAAAAAGACGACCGACUGGCUGACUGACAGAGAGGGUGCGAGCGCGAGUGUUGAUAAUAAUAAAGCUGCUGUUUCGUCGAUAAUGGGAGUGGGAGGAGAGAGAGAGAUGGAGAGAGAAAGACCGUAUACGGAAGAGGACCAUCCCCAUACGGCAGCCAGAAGUGCACAGCCCUCUCUCUCUCAUCGCUUGGGCCGGGGCGGUGGGGGCCCGCCAACCACCACCACCUCCUCCUCCUAACUGUAACGCCGACAGCAGCACGCUCCGUCAGUCCGUCCGUCGCCGUCGUCUCUGCCCGGAAUCUUUCUUUACUAAUCACGCCGUCACCCGGUAAUAACAACGCUCGAUCACUAAACUCAGUAAAUUAUUAAUUAAUUAUAUAGACAGAUGCUAAACUAAACCCACCCUUCUCAACUAAUGAAAUCCCCUUACUACCCCUCUAAUACCUGGUUGGUGUUUUGAGACUAUCUUUUAUUGUGCGGUGGCCGGUGGUCAACUUGUACCGAUGUUAUCAGUUGACUGCUCUUGUUGUUCGAAAUAACAUAUUUACUAUUACGUAAGUUGUUAUAAAAUAUGACUGAUUUAAUGAAAUCUCAAAAACUUG